AAAAAUCUGAAACACUCCCAUGGCUUCGCUUCCUGUUCAAUUCACGAGGAAUCAUUUGUCUUCACCGUUUUUCUCCGUUAAACUCCGCCAUGAGCCAAGAUCUUUAGUAACAGUACAUUGCUCCGCUGGAGAAAACAGAGAAAAUGGUGAAGGUUUCAAGAAGAGUUUGUUGCCGAUAAAGGAGCUUGGAAGUAUCGCUUGCGCUGCUCUUUGUGCUUUCACUCUUACAAUAGCUUCUCCUGUAAUUGCUGCUAACCAGAGACUUCCUCCGCUAUCAACAGAACCAGACCGGUGUGAGAAAGCAUUCGUUGGUAACACGAUAGGUCAAGCAAAUGGGGUUUAUGACAAACCACUCGAUCUUAGGUUCUGUGAUUACACAAAUGAUCAAACUAAUCUCAAAGGAAAGACUCUCUCUGCAGCCUUGAUGGUAGGAGCUAAGUUUGAUGGUGCAGAUAUGACUGAAGUUGUUAUGUCAAAAGCUUAUGCCGUUGAAGCAAGUUUUAAAGGGGUGAAUUUCACGAAUGCAGUUAUCGAUCGGGUGAAUUUUGGGAAAUCGAAUCUGAAAGGUGCGGUGUUUAGGAACACGGUGUUAUCGGGUUCGACAUUCGAGGAGGCAAAUUUGGAGGAUGUUGUCUUUGAGGACACCAUCAUUGGUUACAUAGACCUUCAAAAAAUUUGUAGGAAUGAGUCCAUAAAUGAAGAAGGAAGACUUGUGUUGGGUUGUCGAUAGAGACAAGAGAAGGAUUUAAUUUGAAUGUAUUAUAAAUGUAAGAAUUGAGGUUUGACACAAAGAUGUAUGAAACAAAGUAAGUAAAUGUUGAAGGAUAGGAGUCAUGAGAGUUAUGUGGGGUUGUAUAAUCAAUUCUUGUAAAUUCU